AAAGGCCCUAAUAUUUGUUGUCUCUCCUCGUGUGGAAGCUGUUCCAUGCCCUUGAUCAUCACCAACUAGAUUUAUCCACUCGUGGAAGCACUUAGCAAAAUGUGACCAUUUUCACGCUCUGGCAGCAUUUGCUGUUGAAAUGCCUUUGUCUCCUUUCAUCCUUCUUUUUUUUGCAGAUUUCAGCCUAAAAUGCAUUAAAGAUAAACGGAUCCCAAUUACCGUUACUGUCGUCAUCACAGCUUUGAUCAUCACUGUAAUUGCACUGGCAGCCAGGAAGCCUCCCCCCUGCCCACGCUGCCCACCCCACGUCACUGCUGCGUGCCCGGACGGCUGGGUGGGAUACCAAGGGAAAUGCUUCUACUUCUCAGAGACUGAAGAGAACUGGAACAACAGCCAGAGCCACUGCUCUUCCCUCAACACCUCCCUGGCUUCCAUUGAUUCCCUGCCGGAGAUGGAUUUCAUGCUGCGCUAUAAAGGGAUCCCUUACCACUGGAUUGGCCUCCAGAGGGAACAAGGCGAGGGCCAGCCCUGGAAGUGGACCAACGGUACCAUAUUCAACAACCUGUUUCAGGUCAGAGGGGAAGGGCAGUGCGCCUACCUGGAUGAAAAUGGGGUCAGCAGCUCCAGGUGCUACUCAGAGAGACAUUUCAUCUGCAACCGGCCGGACGAGUGCUCUAGAAGGAAGCCAAGCGCCACAGGAGGGAACACAACAUCUAAGAUCACGUAAAGGGCCAAUACAGCCUCUUCACUGGAUGCAGAACUUACACAUUCACGAUUUCUUGCAGAGCAUCCUGCCUCUCCAACCAUUGCUCCCUCCAGAUCCCAGCUGAAAAACCAUCUUUACAAGGCUCACUGCACUAACUCUAGUGCAUAAUAACUCCAUUGCCAUGGUACUACCGAACACGGGUUUUAGAGGUUUAAAUCUAAUAUUCCAUUAAUACCGGAAGUGAAGAAGCUAUUUAGAUUUUGAAGAAUCCUUGCGUCUCUGCACCCGGGUGUCCAGAACAUAUAGCCUUCCUCCGAGGAUCGUUACCUUGUCGUGGUGGAGGGGCUUGCGUGUUCCGAUGAACCCCAGGGCUAUGUCGUCUGGAGCCUUGUGCUCCUGGCAGGGUCACCCUAGACGAACAGGCCUGGGGGGAGGUUCCAGACUAAAAACGAUCCUGCGCAAGAUGCUCAUGAAAGCCCAAAAAAUGAGCACACGAACCUUGCCUGGAUUAGGAAUAUUGGACCCACCCCUGAAGCCAGGCCUGGGGGUGGUGUUAGGUGAGUGUCUGAUGGCCAAGCAACCCAUGUAAACCCAGCCGGGCCUAGCCCGAAAAGGCGCCGUGGGCUCAGCACCCGCGAGGCAAAGGGUGAGGGUUGGGUGCGAUGCCUGAAUGGCAGCAGGAGGGAUGGACCAGGACGGGUUGGCCAGACACUAAAAUGACAACAUUAAUUCGUAAAUUAAUUUUAGCUCCUUCUAGUGGAUGAGAGCUUGGAGCUGCAGAGGGGAGAAAGGAAGAGAGUGACAAAGAUGGGGAGAAAGAGCAGAGAGGGGAGGAUGGAGAAAGAAGAGACGGAAAGGACAGGUUGCUCUAAAGGGAGGAUCCCCCUGAGUGAUAUUGAAUGGGGGACAGAAGAGCUAAGAACUCAGGCCUGGAACCUCAAAUGUUUCCUUGGAGCCUAAAUACCUUUCAGGGUCUGGGUCUCAAUUACUAGUUUAAAGCCAGAUUCCACUACUGGAAUGUGAGUUUAUUUGGAGGGUUUUUGUAAAUCUCUAGCCCCAGGAGUCAUGUGAUUACAUGAGACUAUUUCUAGCCUUCCUGGUUGUGGAGAAAAGUUUGAACCCCUAACACAGGUUUAAAAUAAACAGUUACGGAAAAAAGACCUCAAUUUGUGUAUUAAAAAAAGUCAUGACUUUAUGGGAUUUUUGAAUUUUUGGGUUUGACAAAACUGGAUAAACAAAACUAAAGGUCAUAAAUUUUGGUCGCAACUUGAACUAGGUGAAAUGUUUUGACAAAAUCUUUUUUAUUUUUGGCCAAAAAUGCAGAUCUGGUGACACCAAAACAAUAUGAGAAUGUGUGUCGGUUUUGCCAAAUCGACUUAGCAGACAAACCACCUAAAAACAAACUCCAAAAAAAGCUGAACAUUUCGUUUUGCUGGUUUGGGCUUUUUGUUUCAUAAUUUCCUGUAAUUUUGUUUUUAAACCUUAAAAAUUAAAAUGAAACUUUUUUUCAGCAAUUUUUUUUUUUACUUUUUGAUGCAAUGGGAAUUUUGAAACAAAAUUGUUCUUGACUUAAUCCAAGACUAAUUUUUUGUUUGAUUUGUUGGAAUUUCCAGCAAUGUGAAAAAAUCCAUGAUUUGCCCAGCGCUAGCUGUGUCCUCUCCUGCCCUUUCUGUGCUGCUCAGUGGGGGGCGGGGGGAUCCAGGUUAGAUGGGAAGUGGACACUAGGGUGCAAAGAGCUGAGAGACCCUGAUCUCUCUACAUUUAAAACUUAGGUUGACCUAGAUACCUUGCUCAGGUGUAAAAAAUUCACAGCCCUGAGAGACGUAGUGAAGCUACCUCAGCCCCCUUGUAGACACCGCUUGGUCGAUGAAAGAAUUCUGCAGUCUCGCCAGGAGCUGGAUUUACAGUAGCGACGGGAAGAAAACCACCUGUCUCGCUAGCAAGUCUCUACACUGCAGCAGCGUAUCUGCAGCCCUGUUAACCCAGUGCAUCUGCCGUGAUGUGAACCUGGGAUCGCUGCCUCUGCAGACACAGGAGCUACUCUUUGAGCUAAAGAACCAGACUUGUGAACAGUGCUAUCCUUGUGAACAGCAGCUACUGCAGGGGGACAGAGACCCUGAGUGUAGGAUACAGACCCGUGGGAUACACUUGGGAAAAGGCCGAAGAGACACUGAACCAAAGUCGGGGUAAGAAGUAGCCAGUGGAUCUUGGAAACAUCAUUUGAAGCUGGGACUGGAUGACAGGAUGGAUCACUUGAUAAUUGCCCUGUUCUGCUUAUUCCCUCUGAAGCAAUUGCCACCUGCGAAUGUGGGAAGACAGGACACUGGGUUUGAUGGAUCAUUGGCCUGACCCUGUAUGGCUGUUCUGAUUAACUUUGUGUGUGUGUGUUUGUGUGUUUUUGAGUAGAUCUGAUCAGAAUUUGACAAGAAACAUUUUUUCACAGUGUUUUCUCCAGGAUUUUUUUGCCAUUCUUUAUUUAUUUUUUUUUUUUAUUUAUUCUGACCGAAACUGUGAAUGGGAGAUACUUAGUCAGCAUCUCUCAUCAUCUGCAUUUAAUUCAUUGCUGUGAGCUAAGAUUGUUUGGGUCGGGAGAGCUCCUGGAAGGGUUUAGUCGCUUCCCCUGGGCUGUAAGUACCGGAGUAACCCAAAAUGACUCCCAAAAUUAGUGGCCAGGUUUUCAAUAGAUUCAUGUAGAUUAAGGUCAGAAGGGACCAUUAAAUCAUCUAGUCUGGCCUGCCUAGCACGGGCCAGAGAACUUCCCCCACUUACCCCUGUAUUGAGUCCAAUAACUUCUGUUUGGCUAACGUCCGUCUUCCAGAAAGGCACCAGUCCGGCGUCCGGCUCACCAACGCCAUAUACAGUGAGCUGAGCUGCUCUGAAAAUCUGCCCUAAGGGUCACAAGGGGAGUUGCCACUGUGGGAUGAGGGAAACCUGAAGGUCCUUAACCGGAGCAGAAACUAAAGCAAAACACAAACAGAAAACUGAACACGAGUCGUAGAUUCCAAGGCCAGAAGGGACGGCGGUGGUCAUGUCGUCUGACCUCCUGUACGACACAGGCCAGAGACCUGCCCCAAAAUAACUUCCGCUUAAGCCGGGCCUCCCAUUUGGGUUACUCUGGUGUUUAAAAUAGACAAGUAAAUAAACCUUUGUUUUGGUGGGAUGCAAAAUAAACCAACCAACCCUACUUCCUCACUUCUAGAAACUCUUUUUCCCACAUCAAGAGGGAGGGAUGUUGAAAAUAUUUUUUGAAGGAGAGACAGUAGCAAGGAGGUGGGGUGGUUCUUUCCAGAAUUUUUCAUUUAAGAAUCUUUUGUCCAAACAAAGAAAAAGAAAUGAAAUUCAACCCAAAUGAAGAUAUUGGGGAGGGGGGAAGGGGACUAAACAUUUUCUUUUUGUAAAAAAGGCAUUUUUUGUUUAAGAAAACUGUUUUGAUGGCAAGGUUUUGAUCUGGUCUAUUGAUGUGUAGAUAAAUUACAUGUUUUGCUUCCCUCCCUCUUAACAUAGAUUCCCUGCUGUGAAUCGCUUGCAGUCUCAGGACAAAGUUGCCUUCUCUGUUUGAGAAGUGCCUUGUACAGGGCAGCCUGUAAAUUGCUGGGCAGGAAAUGGUUUUCCCAUCCCACAAAAAACCUUGAUAUUUAAAAAAAAAAAAAUUCCGUCCCAAAUCGGGAUGAAACCAUUUCACAAGUUCCCAAACGAGCUGAGAGCAACCCACCCCCCCCAAUAGUGAGUGCACUCACCUGAGAGGCAGGAGAUGCAAGUAAGUCGCUGCUCUGAAUGGUACAGAUCAGGGACUUGACCGAGGUUUUUUCACAUCCCAGGUGAGGGCCCUGACCCCUGGGCUAUUCUCACAUAGUCUGUCCUGGCUAUGUUUCAUGAAACCAGCUCUGUUUCCACAAAACGUUUUGCAUUCACAGACUUGGCAUUUUCAAACAGAAAGCUGCUUUUUCAAAAGAUUCCUGAGCAGCACUAGUGGGACUCUACCAGAAACAGAUAACGAGGCUGGCAUUCGUUAUAACAGCACUCACACACAGCACUAACACACACUCACACAAAGCACACUCUGCGGGGUGCAAAAAAGGAGCCUGACAGAAGUUCUCAUCCAAAGCUUAUUGAAGUUACUGGAAGAAACUCACAAGUCCAGAACUCAAAGGUGGAAGACGAGAACCUAAAUACCUUUGAGGUUCUGCGCCCCAUUAACUUGACUGAGCAGCUCCCUUUGACACUGUCAUACCAGUGUCCCCUGUACAGGAUUGCCCCCUAGAGACUGAAUUACAAAUUAUUAUUUUAAUGUAUGAUACUUAGAGUUCACAUUGUGCUAGACUCUGUAAAAUACCUUACUUUUACAAUGUGCUCUACUUGUCGUUUGUCUUACGCGUGUCUGUUUUGUGUUUGUACAGCCCCUAGCACAACUGAGUCAUGCUCCAUGACUGGGGCUAAGUACCACUGCAAUACAAAUGCAAUGGCACCGUCGCUUUUUACAGAGCUUGGUAUGUGCGCCGGUGAGUUCUUUGAUGGCUGCUGAGUCCGAUGGGCGAGUGACAGUCCAGUCCACAGGUACGACACACCCACACAUUAGCAACGCUCUGAAUCCGAGCAGCAGAUUCUUUCCUCCUCUGAUGCCGAUCAUCACAAAGUUUGAUCCAGUCCUCCUCACAAUGCCUCGCUCCAUCUACAAGCUGACUCUGCCAACCGGCGUGGCAUUCUGCGUUCCUUUCCCAAUCAUCCACAGAGAUUCCAAAGGACACUAAGCUUUGCAAGCAUCCCGGGAUCUGUGCGGCGGCCUGCCUCUCUAUCUAGAACCUUCGCGAGCAUCAAAGUACUGCAAACUCUUCGGGAUCAUGUAAUCCGGCAUUCACGUGACAUGACCAAGCUGCCUGAGUCCUUUCUUACUAAUUAAUGUUCCCAUAAAUGACAUGCCAGGACGAUUUAGCACUUCCACGUUUGUCACCCUGUGUUGCCAUCUUUGAAGAAUUUCCAAGCAUCUGACAUGGAAGCUGGUUAAUCUCCUGCUAUGUUUGGCGUAAGUCGUCCAUGUUUCUGAGUCAUACAGAAGAGUGGAUAAUACACACGUCUUAGAAAUACAGCUUUUCACUUUAAUUGACAAUUUGUUAUUGUUCCAGGCUCUGUCUUGCAAAAGACAAAAGUUCCUGGCUGCUUUGCUGAUUCUGCUAGUGAGCCCAGCAUCAAGAUCUACAUGGCUGGUAAUGGCAGAGCCAAGGUAGCAAAAUUGGUCCUCAGCAUCCAGACGAAUACCCCCUACGGUGAUAUCUGGAACUGGCUCUGGGGCGUGAUAACUGUCUUCUUCAAGCUUCUCGCUAGCCCAGAGCACUUGGUAAUAAGCUGUUGCAGGACAUCAACACGGUGAGCCACAGGGGCUGCAUCCUCUGCAAACAGCAGGUCCCUUCUGAUGAUCUCCUUCACCUUCAUCUGAGCUCUGCACCAUGCAGUGUUAAACCCCCCCCCCUCCAUCCUGUCUGGCGCUAGUACAGACACCCCCUCGGACAUCACGGAACGCACGUUCAAGUGGGAGUGGGAAUAAAUAUUAAACGGUGUAGGAGCCACUAUGCAGCCCUGCUUCACUCCAUUGGUGAUGUUAAGUGACAUUAAAUGACUGGGGAUAAGUGUCACUUGAAGUACCAAUAAACAGUAAUACACUAACAUAUAACAAAGAGCUGCCCCAAAGACUUUACAAUCUAAGUGUAAGACAACAGUCAGGGAGCGAACCAGAGAACAACGAGAGGAGAUUGUUGCAGGACUUUCAUUCUAACUGUCUAAGCCAGUGGUUUCCUGUGCUCUGCGGACCCUGGGGAUCCACAGACCAUGUGUAAGAUUUACAAAGGAGUCUGCACCUCCAUUCGAAAUGCUGUAGGGCUCUGCAAAUGAAGAAAGGUUGCAAACCAAUGGUGUAAGCCAGGGGGUCUCAAACUGGGGGUCGGGACCCCUCAAGGGGUUGCAAGGUUAUUACAUGGGGGGUUGUGAGCUGUCAGCCUCCAUCCCAAACCCCACUGCCAGCCUUUAUAAUGGUGCUAAAUACAUAAACAGGUGUUUUUAAUUCAUAAGAGGGGUCACACGCAGAGACUUGCUGUGUGGACGGGGUCACCGGUACAAAAGUUUGAGACCCACUGGUCUAAGCCAGGGGGCUUCUGGCAUUUGCAUCUUAUUAUUUCUGUUUCACGGUGACCAGGCGAACCUCUCGUUCUGCUUCUCUUCUCUGGGUGACCCCUGGACUGUCCCGCGAUAGACGCACAGUGUGACCCAGGGACCCCUUAGUGCCACCUGGCAAAGGGGCCAGCGAGGGUGCCUGGGGCGUGAGGUCUCAUGUUCAAGCACGUGUCACUGGUCACCACUGUCAUUGUGAAACACACGUGCGGCUGGUGUGCAAGCAGUUCUGUGUAAACACCGACCGUCAUGGGCCCAGUGUCUGUGUCCAGGCGGGUGGUCACCGGCAAAGGGGUGAACCGGGUUUUCUGUCAGACAAAGGCUGUUUGUGUCUCUCUGGCUGUCGGAUGGUUCACCGUGGGGCUCCUCUCCCGCGUCUGAACCAAACACUGAGGAAGGACGAGGGGGAACCACACGGAGAGAAAAGUAACAGGAUGGAACAGUGUCAGUUACGCUGUUUCUACCUCCAUUUAUAACUGGAAAUUAAACCCUGUCGCUGUAUCAGGAAUGUAAAUGGCCUGUUGCUACUGCAGUCCCUGAGUGUGUAGAAAUUGGUCCCAGCUUCUGGGCAAAUGCUCUGAGUGAUGCAUUUGGUCUGUAAUAACAUGUAUGUACCGUGUCUGUCUCACUUGCAGCUGAAUUCUGUUUAUAUUUAUAUGUAAUAUAUUAACCGACUCUUAUUGUUGUUUUUCUAAGUAGCAGGGGGGGAAUCUGUCUCUCUUGUGGGAUUUGCAGGAUCUAAGGUUUUCCUAAAUCUUCCUCACCCAACAAAUGUGCUGUUUUGUCAGAUGCUACUUGGCAGUGUGCGAAUCCCCACCUGACUCCUGGAGAUGGGCCUGUCCUGCAGCAGUCCCUGCAUUCAGAGCUGGGUGUUUAUUGCCGCUGGGUGUCCCAGUGGAGCUGUGACAGCCGCUGGCUUGGCUGAUACCCCAGGAGUUGAGCCAGGGAAUGUU